CAUGCUACUAUAACAUCAGAUUACCCAAACGAACUUAUGCUUGAUAUGUACUACGAUCAUAUAAUUUAAUGUCGAAUAGAAUUGGUCGGAUUUAUAGUGCUGGUUCGAGUGUUAUGAUCAUGUAAGAAGCGAAUCCAGAACUUGAUAUAGGUUUAGUGGUACUACACUUGCGUAAUUUUUGCUAGAUUUCGUCUUCGUCUGGGUGGAGCUGUGGCGGUGGUGUGCUAUGGCACUUGCUCUUUCAUCCAAGGCUUGGCGCGGGCGGCAGCUGCGAGGUGAGCUUCGGUGUGGUAUUGGAUUGCAAGAUCUGUUGGGCAGGAUUGUCAGUUUGCUGCUUCAGAAGAGAGAUACCAUCAUGCUAUUCGCUCGGGUGCAUCGUUUGAAUUUAAGACUCUUCUUGUGGGUUGGCUUGAUGUUGAUUCUGGGAUUGCCAUAUUGCUGUGCAUACACUAACGAACUAGAUGUUUCUGCUAUAAAUAGCUUUUAUGCUGCCUUGGGUUCACCUCCUCUUCCUGGAUGGGUUCCGAGUGGAGGAGACCCCUGCAUGGAGGGCUGGCAAGGUGUCCAAUGUGUUGACUCAAAUAUAACUGGAAUAGUUAUAAAUGGCGCAAAUCUUGGAGGGCAACUGGGUGAUGGAUUAGGCAUUUUUUCUUCAAUAACGACAAUAGAUUUGAGUAACAACAAUAUUGGCAGUGGCAUACCAGAAAAUCUGCCUCUUACGUUGCAGAAAUUCUUUCUUUCAGCUAACCAGUUCACAGGAAGCAUUCCAAGUUCUUUAUCAAAGUUAACACUUCUGACUGACAUGUCAGUUAAUAAUAAUCAUUUGACUGGAGUUUUGCCAGAUGCUUUUAGUUCUCUUACUGGACUAAUAAAUUUGGAUCUUUCUGUCAACAACAUAAGUGGCCAGUUGCCACCUUCAAUGGGAAGCUUGUCAUCUUUAACUACAUUGCAUGUGCAAAAUAAUCAGUUUUCUGGGAUCCUUGAUGUGUUGGAAGAUCUUCCUCUCAAGGAUUUGAACAUAGAGAACAAUCUGUUUUCUGGACCUGUCCCAGAGAAGUUGCUGAAUAUUCCAAAUUUCAAAAAGGAUGGAAACCCAUUUAAUACCUCCAUCACACCAUCGUCAGCGCCACAUCAAUCUCCACCACGAGCUUCUCCUUCAGGGUCUCCUAUACCUGAUACCAUGCAUACAAACUCUUCAGAUGGUCCAUCCAGUCAAGAAAGUCCCCACAAACUGUCAACCGUAAAAAUCGUUGGAUAUGUCGUUGUCGCUGUGUUUCUAGUUAUUGUCAUUGUAUUGAUGGUAAUAUUUUGCUUAUCAAAAUACCAAGAGAGGAAAUCAAAGCAUGAUGAAUUGUUCAGAAGCCAGGUUGGAAGAACAGAAAUGGGAUACAAAAAGCCUAGAAGCGAAGAACAUUUUGCAGAGACAAAAAACGAAGUUCCAGAAGCUGCAAAGAAGGGCCACAGAGAAAGAAAGGAAUAUGUAACUGAUAUGGCAAUGACAGUUGUGAAGGACUCUGAAAAGGAGAGGGAACACAUAAUUGAUAUGAAUGAGACAGCUGAUAUUGUUAUGCCACAGCCCCCCGUGGAAAAUGAUACUGUAACUCCGAUUGUCCUCAGAAAAAAUGUUGUGGGCCAUUCUCCAGAGAUGAUGAACACCACACCAACUUCUGUGAGAUCCUUUUCUGUUGGAGAUCUUCAACAAUACACAGACAAUUUUUGUGAAGAAAAUCUGAUCAGAGAUGAUAGAUUGGGCAAAGCAUACCUUGCACAAUCUUCUGAUGGAAAGCUAUUGGAAGUCAUGAAGCUUGACAAUGUGAACUCAAGAGUACCUGCUGAUGACUUUCUGGAGCUAGUAUUAGCUGUCUCUGAACUGAGGCAUCCUAACAUUCUUGAGCUUGUGGGGUAUUGUGCGGAGUUUGACCAGCGUUUACUUGUAUAUAGAUACUUCAGUCAGAAGACCUUACAUGACAUACUUCAUGUUGGAGAUGAUCUCAACACUAGACUAUCUUGGACUGCCCGCCUUGAAGUGGCCCUUGGAGCUGCAAAAGCCUUAGAGUAUCUGCAUGAGAAUUGUCAACCAUCAUUUGUGCAUCAGAAUUUUGGACCUGCCAAUCUUCUCCUUAAUGAUGAGCUUGCUGUAUGUGUUACUGAAUGUGGCUUGUCUUCUCUAAUGUCAACCAACUCUGUUAUGCAGUUGUCAGGCCGAAUGCGUGCAAUGUACAAUUAUGAAGCCCCUGAAGUAAAUGAAUCUGGGAAAUUUACUGAUAGAAGUGACGUUUACAGCUUUGGGGUUGUCAUGCUAGAACUUCUUACCGGACGGAAACCUUAUGACAGUGCCCGCCCUCAUUCUGAACAACAUCUUGUCAGAUGGGCUAGUUCUCAGCUAUAUGAUAUCAAUGCUUUAUCAAAAAUGGUGGAUCCUUUAAUAUCUGGAAGUUAUCCUGAGAAAUCAUUAUCCUGCUUUGCUGAUAUUAUAAGCCGUUGCAUUCAGCAAGAGCCAGAAUUUAGGCCACCAAUCUCUGAGGUUGUUCACGACCUCAUUCGCAUGGUAAACGAUGUGAAACAUGCAACAAAUGAUGACCAUGUCUAAUCUGCAAGAGGAAGUUUGUUCUGCAAGCAGGAGGUGAAUGCCGGAGCUAAAUUAUGUGCAGCACCAAAUUGCUGCUUGCUGAACAUGGUUUCUUGUAAUCCUUUUGCCUAUGCGGUGAUGAUCUCAACCCAUGAGAAAGAAUGGUGGUUGGCUUCUUAUUGUUGAUCCAUCAUCUGACACAUUUAGCUUACUUUGUCACUGUUUUAACAUUAACACGAACACAUCAUCGUACUUUUUAUGGUAUGAAACAGAAUUUUUCUCA